AUGUCUCUAAAUACAGGACUCGGCAACUACGAGCCUCUUUUAUAGCAAACUCGCUCAUAAAAAAUAAGAAAGGAUGCAAUUAUUGUCGUCGCUGCUGUCGCUCUAGUUGCUGUUUGCUCCUAAUUAUUGUUUGGACAAUCAAACGACCAAGAUUUCCUUGGAGCUAAAAAUCAAGUAUCAAUGGUUGCAUCUUAAUAAACUCUUGAUUAUCCAGGAUACUACUAUGUUAAUGUUUUUGCAGAAUAAAGAUAUAUAGUAGGACUCUCUUAUAAGUUCAACAAAAACUAUAACAUAGUCUACAAUUUGAGAGCAUACAAUCGCGAAAGAGGCAAUUGGGAUGACCUCGAUAUGAAAGACUUCAUAACUGAGAUGAAAGUCAAUUCUGAUGAGAAAAAAAUAGUGAUUAACUAGAAACAAGACAAAGAAUAAUUCAACACUAAAAUUCAUGAAUUGUAUGUUGAAAAUACUGAUGGCCGUUCAUAUACUGUUACGGAUGUGCAAGAUGCUGCACUCGAUAGUGACGGAAAGGUCUACGCCAUCGUCUAAAAAAACAUUAGUUAAUACGAUAGCUAAUUUCAAUCAGAGACGAAAGGAUUCUAACUCUACUCUAGCUAGGAUUAUAGAAACGUUGAAGUCUACUAAGACGAAAUUGUCCUUGUGAGAGCUAAUGGAACUUUAGAAGGAUAUAAUGAAAUUUGUGUUAAAGACAUCAGUGCUAGCGCACUUGAUGAAAAUGCUCUUUUCGCCUUGGCAUGCCCAGAAGACCCCAAUUAAACUCUAUCUUAAGUGUUAAGAUGGAACGACUAUGAAGAAACCUGGGAGAAGGUUGAUGAUGUCUUUGCCGAAAAGAUUGCUGUAGUCUCAAAUACUAAAAUAUAUGUUCUAGUCUACUACACAAUCACUGAAAUAACUCUCAAUGAAUGA